AUGGGGAAAGUUUUAAAAAACUUAUACGGAUCCGUCGGCUGUGGAGGCCGGCUUGUCCGCUCUACUAGCGAUCUCGACCACCAGGCCGGUGAAGAAGGAGCUGAUCUGGCUCGGCAUAGUCCGAACCGUAGGGACGCAUCGACGCAGGAGAGAGCGGCGUCGGUCAACGGUUUGACCAAAGUACUACUGGUUAUGCAGAGCGGUUGUAGCUCGGGGACGAGGCAGAUGUGCGUGGAAUUGGUGAAGGUGCUGAGGGCGAAAAGUGGAGGAAUCCCGGAAGAUCAACAUUUGAUUUCUUCCGGAAAACAGCUUGACGGUGGUUGGACUCUUGCCGAUUACAACAUUCUGAAAGGGGUGGUAGCAGGGGCUAUGAUGAAUAUUAUAAAAACCUCCGAUCUUCUUAAAGAAUUGGCUUGGAAAUACAUUCUCAACAAGCAAAUUUGCCGCAAGUGA